AGAUUUAGUAAAUUGUUAGUAUUUUUUGGUGAUGCCGGAUUAGUUUUCUAGGAAGCAAAAUGAAGUCAUUUUUCGGCAAGAUCUUUGAAUGCCUCAGAAUGAAACGACUGUUUCAGCUUGGCUUCAGUGGUGUGAAGUUGUGUUUUGUGGUUGUGUGUCCGGCUCUUGUGUUGUACUCGCUGACGAAAUGGCGAGAGCAAGGCUGUCAUCCCCAUCCCUUCGUCUCAGAAUUGCAAUAUGGACCCACGAAAAUCGUGGCGGAAACGCUCCUCAAGCUCUCCGGUCGGUGUUUCGCGCUCUUGAGCGCUGUGGAUGCGGUCGUGUAUCUGCGACGGCUGUUUCGUAUUUCUUCCUCAACAUCUGGAAAAACGUCAGAGGUAGUUGGGAAGUCAGCCAUUCAGGAAGGUCAACAACAACAUCAACAAGAAAUUAUAAACUCAUCGUCACUCCUUGGGAGUGCUGAUUUUGAUGAGGAAAAAGGUGCACGCGGUGUCGAGGAAAUUGCAACAGAAGAUCGCUGUUGCAGUGAGACUACCUCCUCAGGCUCUUCAAAAUUUUCUCGCUGGUGGCUUUUGACAAAGAGAUUUUUGGUUGCGUGCGCAAAUUUGUGCGGACUCGCCGGAGCCAUUGUUGGGAUGGUCCAGGGCAAUAUGUUGUCCGACAUUGCAGAUGUUCCGUGGGCACACAAACUACAGAAGCACGUCCAUCUCACUACGUGGUUUUUUGGCAUUGGUGCGGUCUGGUGCACACUUCAAGCGGCUCGGGAUGUCUGUGCGCUUCUGGCGUCUUUCAGAUCCUUCCUCUUUCGGCAUAAGGGGGCCGUCAUCGGAAAAGCAUGCUUGUUUCUUUGGGCUCUGCUUGCCUACGUCAUUUUACAGCGUAAUCUGGACUUUGUCCACAACUGCACCUCAUACCAUGGAAAUGGCAUUCGAAUCGCACAAAAGGGUAUCAUGAAGAAUUUUCGAUCGGGGUGUGUGUUGCCUCUGCUUGUGGGGUGCGAACCACUUAGAAAAAUGGCGAUAGCGCAGUAUCACAUCAUAUGGUCUUUCUGGGCAUUGACUCUUGCCUCGCAUGUCAAGGUAGAAGGAGAAACACAAGAGCAGGAACCGGAUGAUCCUUGGAGCGUGCUAGCUUCUGGUCUUUCUUGGCUGAAGAACUUGCGGCUACGGACAGCGGCGAGGGCGGCAAAGCUAAAAGAAUCUUAGUUGAAAAGGAUAGCGAUCAUAGUUGCUUACAACUUACACACUGGCACUACUGACAGAGUAUGGUAAAUUGCUAACGAGGGAAGCUAAUGAGACGACGUACAUUGAGAUUGAUACUGUCCAUUCUAAGUAUAAAUAUCUAUUCGGAGUAGGAGGAGCUGGUGAUGAGUUAUAGAACGAAUGAUGAAUCAAAACCAGAGCCAACAACAACAUCAUGAAAAUCAAAAUUAAUGAGUAUCAAGGAUAGCGAUCAUAGUUGCUUACAACUUACACACUGACAGAGUAUGGUAAAUUGCUAACGAGGAAAGCUAAUGAGACGACGCACAUUGGGAUUGAUACUAUCCAUUCUAGUCGGAGUAAGAGGAGCUGGUGAUGAAUUAUAGAACGAAUGAUGAACCAAAACCAGAGCCAACAACAACAUCAUGAAAAUCAAAAUUAAUGAUUAUCACGCGUUUCUUGGACACAUACAAUGAUGUGCCUACUUGCCUCUUGGACACAUACAAAUAUGCUUGCGCUUUUACCUGUGACCUUUUUUCGAAAUAAAUAGUACGAGCUGCGACUUGAGGAC